UACCUGCAAAUGUCAGCCGAAGAAAACCGGUUACAUUGAAUCUCUUUCCUCAUUGAGGGAAAACGAGAUUUUCGGGGUUAAAAAUAUUUGAGAAACACUUCGAUGUUCCCAUUUAGCGAUAUAUUUGGUAUAUAAAGCAGGGUAUUAUUUAACAAGGCUACUAUAAUCGCUUCGUCAGGAAGCGAUCGAAGAACCCCAAGAUGUCGGCAAGUGCCGUAUACGUGUUAGAUCUUAAAGGCAAGGUGCUGAUCUGCCGUAACUACCGCGGCGAUGUGGAUAUGUCCGAGAUCGAGCACUUCAUGACCCUGCUGAUGGAUAAGGAGGAGGAGGGCACGCUGUCACCCAUCCUGGCCCACGGAGCAGUGCGCUUCAUGUGGAUCAAGCACAACAAUCUCUACCUUGUUGCUACAUCAAAGAAAAAUGCGUGUGUUUCGCUGGUCUUCUCCUUCCUCUACAAGAUUGUGCAGGUGUUCUCAGAGUACUUUAAGGAGCUGGAGGAGGAGAGCAUCAGAGACAACUUUGUCAUCAUCUACGAGCUGCUGGACGAGCUAAUGGACUUUGGCUACCCACAGACCACAGACAGCAAGAUCCUGCAGGAAUACAUUACUCAGGAGGGGCACAAGCUGGACACGGGGGCUCCCCGCCCCCCGGCGACCGUUACCAACGCUGUCUCCUGGAGGUCAGAGGGCAUCAAGUACAGGAAGAACGAGGUGUUCCUGGACGUCAUCGAGUCGGUCAACCUACUGGUGAGCGCCAAUGGCAACGUGCUCCGCAGCGAGAUCGUGGGCUCCAUCAAAAUGCGUGUGUUCCUGUCCGGCAUGCCUGAGCUGCGUCUGGGGCUGAAUGACAAGGUUCUCUUUGAGAACACUGGCCGUGGUAAGAGUAAAUCUGUGGAGCUGGAGGAUGUGAAGUUUCACCAGUGUGUCCGUCUGUCUCGCUUUGAGAACGACCGCACCAUCUCCUUCAUCCCUCCUGACGGCGAGUUCGAGCUCAUGUCGUACCGGCUCAACACGCACCAGGUAAAGCCCCUGAUCUGGAUCGAGUCCGUGAUUGAGAAACACUCUCACAGCAGAAUCGAGUACAUGAUCAAGGCUAAGAGCCAGUUUAAGAGGCGCUCGACCGCCAACAACGUUGAGAUCCACAUUCCUGUGCCCACUGAUGCCGACUCGCCCAAGUUCAAGACCACCGUGGGCAGUGUGAAGUGGGUGCCCGAGGCAAGCGAGAUUGUCUGGUCCAUCAAGUCCUUCCCUGGAGGGAAGGAGUACCUGAUGCGGGCUCACUUUGGCCUGCCCAGCGUGGAGGCCGAGGAUAAGGAGGGGAAGCCGCCCAUCAGUGUGAAGUUUGAGAUCCCCUACUUCACCACCUCUGGCAUCCAGGUGCGUUAUCUGAAGAUCAUUGAGAAGAGUGGCUACCAGGCCUUGCCAUGGGUGCGGUACAUCACCCAGAAUGGGGAUUACCAGCUCAGGACCCAGUAGAGGAGCGAUGUGGAUCAUUGUCACUUAUCCAUCGUCAAGAGCCCUCAACAGAGAGAAAGAGGGGGAGAAAGACGCCAGUACCAGUUUGUCACGGACCAUCAGUGUCUUUACUGUGUCUUUGUGUGUCGGCGCGUGUGUGUGUGUGUGUGUGUGUGAGAGAGAGAAACCGAGAGAGAGAGAGAGAGAGAGAGAGACAGAUCAUGUUCAUUUCUGAAUCAAUGCAAAACAAGAGGUUUACUUUUAAAAAACAAACACACAAACAAACAAAACAAAUCCCUGCUAAAAAGUCCACUAGCAGGCCAGUGAUGCUAGUACAGUAGGUGGAUGGUGAGAGGAGAUAGGUAAUGAACUAUACAAACUAUUUGACGGUUAAAGAAGGAACAUGUAGCUUGGCCAAAAAACUCUGUUACGUUAUAUUAGUCACAAACAUGACACAGACAUCUUAGACUAGAUGUUAGCAGCACAGUUAGCGCCACAUAGGGAGGUCAACAAGUCAUUUCCACAAUUACACUCAGCUGUCAUCAGUGUCAUAGAAAGGUCAAUUGUAGAAUAUAUUGUUUAUUUUUUAAUAAUCAGUUUUUUUUUUUUCACCAUAUUCCAUGUGUUAGUCAUUGUUUCAGUAUUAUUUUUUUAUGUUUUAUUUAAUUUAAGAAAAAAUCUUUGGUGUGUUUUUUUUUUUUCCUUCUCCAUAUCCAAUUCAGUAUUGGUCUGCAUUGAAGAUGAAUGUUGAAACCAGUUUUGCUGUUUUAGCCUUCAGUUUACAGCAAGGCUAAGAGCCGGCAUGACUGUCUACACUUAUAAUACAGUUAAUCCAAUGUCCGUUCUUGGUGCCAUGUCAAAGCAGGUUAUCGCUUUGCUUAAGAUAGCACUUUCUCUCCUGUCAGUAGAUCUGCAUGUAAUGUUUGUUGCCAUUCCUGUGUUUAACCAUGGAGAACGUUUUCUGAAACUAACCUUAGUAAAGCCAAACAAAUAAGGUGCAAUGUGUUGCCAUGAUGUAAUGUCCCUUUUUAAAGCUGCCCGUAAAUGCAAUUUUGGGGACGAUGCUGUCAGUGAAAUUCCUAUCAGCUUCUCCCACAUCUCUCAAACAGUUGACCUGUCUGUUGUCUUUGGAAAUCAUAAAGUACCUCUUUUCAAAACA